CAAAUUUGUUAAGCGUCAGUCACGUUUCCGAGUUCAAAGCGAGCGGUCAUAGAAAAAAGAAGAACUUGUUGCUAUUUGUGUACAUUUUUUUUGAGCCAUGUCGAAGCCAGCCCUAUACUAUGCGACACUGAGUCCGCCAUCGCGCGCCGUCUUGCUCACGGCCAAGGCGAUUGGUCUUGAACUUGAACUGCGGCCAAUUAACCUACUGAAAGGUGAACAUUUGACGCCAGAGUUUCUGAAAUUGAAUCCACAGCACACUAUUCCCACAUUGAUCGAUGGCGAUGUCACCAUCAUAGAUUCGCAUGCCAUAUGCUCCUAUCUGGUUGAGAAAUACGGCAAGGGACACGAGUCCCUGUACCCCAAGGACUUGGUGCAGCGCGCCAAUGUGGAUGCACGCCUACAUUUAGAUUCGGGUCAUCUGUUUGCCCGUUUACGUUUUCUCUAUGAGCCUGUGCUCUAUUAUGGCUCCACAGACUGUUCCAUCGAUAAGAUAGCGUACGUGCAAAAGUGCUAUGAGAUACUGGAGGGCUUCCUCAAGGAUCAGACAUACCUAUGCGGCAAUGAGGUGACCAUUGCUGACUUUUGCUGUGUGGCCACCGUGACAUCCGGCAAUGAUGUGGCGCCCAUUGAUGAGUUCAAGUUUCCCAAGGUGCAUGCCUGGCUGAAGGCUCUGGCUGAGCUGCCCUAUUACAAGGAGGUCAACGUGGAAGGUGCCGAGGAGCUGAAGGCACUCUUCAAAGCCAAACUGGCCGAGAAUCGCGCCAAGUAGUAGCAGUAACAUUUAUGCAAUAUAUAUGUGUAAACACCAGCGGGCGUUGCCUGGCGCCUGGCUCAUAUUUCCCGCCAGUUGGAAAAUAAAAUUUUAAGUUUUUACAAAAUCUGUCGGGUAAACAAAGUCAAAUCAUGACAUCAAUCAUGAAUGAUAUACGUGCCCGUAAUAGUCCCGUACGAAUCACGGCAAUCGAUUGGCAUUCUAAAAAAUCUACUUUAAUUUCUAAAAUUUAACAAAAAUCAUCAAGGGGCCUUCCCAUUUCUUAUUCGGUGUUGUGGUGUUAAACACAAAGUUAGGUUUUACAAAAAAUUCAAUGAUUUCCAUUCAACUUUAUUAUAUGAAUACACAUACAAUAAGGUCCUAUUAUAUUAUGUCUUUAUUACAUACAAUGCACAUACACUUUUAUCCCUUAUUA